AUGACAUCUAUUCGUCUUUUGAUUUCUGUGGCUGCUACGCACCAAUGGCCUCUCCUUCAGCUGGAUGUUAAAAAUGCCUUCCUCAAUGGUCAUCUAUCUGAGGAAGUUUAUAUGCGUCCUCCUCCAGGUCUCCCUCAUGCCACCGGCCUUGUUUGUUGCCUCCGUCGUGCUCUGUAUGGGCUCAAACAGUCCCCUCGUGCUUGGUAUGCACGUUUUCAUGAUGUGGUUUUACAGAUUGGUUUUCAGCCUAGCACCCAUGAAUCUGCUCUUUUUUUUCGUCGAACUUCUCGUGGUUUGGUUCUUAUCUUGCUCUAUGUUGACGACAUGGUCAUCACUGGGUCUGACUCUACUGCUAUUGAUGAAGUGAAACAUCACUUGUUUCACGAAUUUGAGAUGAAGGACUUGGGACUUCUUCAGUAUUUUCUUGGCAUUGAGGUUGCCUCCUCUCCAAAAGGUUAUCUCUUGACCCAGACUAAGUAUGUGACUGACAUUCUUCAUCGUGCUCAACUUACUGAUGACAAAAACAUUGAUACUCCCAUUGAGUUACAUGUCAAGUUCUCUGAUUCUGAUGGGGUUCCUCUUGCCGAUCCUACCGAGUAUCGUGAGCUUGUUGGUUCUCUUGUUUAUCUCACCGUCACUCGGCCGGAUAUUGCCUAUGCUGUGCAUAUUGUUAGUCAGUUUGUUUGUGCCCCUCAGUCUACUCAUUGGGCUGCCUUGCUUCGUAUCCUUCGUUAUGUUCGUGGCACCAUGUUUCAGUGUUUAUUUCUCUCUUCCUCUUCUUCAGAUUUGAUUCUUCGGGCCUAUGCCGAUGCUGAUUGGGCAGGUGAUAUCUCUGAUCGAAAGUCUACUUAUGGCUUUUGUGUUUUCUUGGGUGAUUCCCUUAUUUCAUGGAAAAGCAAGAAGCAAUCCGUUAUUGCUCGUUUCACUGCGGAAGCUGAGUAUCGUGCCAUGGCUCAUGCCACCUCUGAAGUUGUUUGGCUCCGUUGGCUUUUAUCGGAUAUGGGUGUCACUAUCUCCUCUCCUACACCUCUCUUUUGUGACAAUAAAAGUGCCAUUCAGAUUGCCCAUAAUUCAGUUUUUCAUGAGUGCACAAAGCAUAUUGAAAUUGAUUGUCACUUUGUUCGCCAUCAUCUCCAAUCUGGCACAAUUGCUCUACCGUUUAUCUCCUCCUCUCUUCAGUUAGCCGAUUUCUUCACCGAGACGCACACCUCCGCUCGGUUUCGCUUCCUCCUUGGCAAACUUUCGAUGCUCUCCGGGCUCGCAUCAUGA